AUGCAGGGACCCCUAGUACCCCUUAGCGAGGGGCAGUUGCACCAGCUGAUUGAGCCCCCAUUCGGCCAUGGACCUCUGACAAAAGUUGCUGGCGCUGCAACGGCGGCUGAAACCAACGGCGAGGAGGCGGGUGAGAGGGCGGAGGCUGCGAGGGCUGAGGCUGAGGCGGCAGCUGCGGCGGUGCCUGGCGCUGCUGCUGCUGGCGGGGGGCCGCCUGAGGUCGGCGCUGCUGCUGUGCAGUUGGCAGGGUGUGUGGUGGACCCGGGCCGUGCUGGCGGGACUGCUGCUGCCUCUGACGGCGGCUCAGUUUCACCCUCUACCACCCCCCAGGCUGCAUCGCGGCUGGUUGAGGAGCGGGGGCCGGUUGCGGAACCGGAACAGACGGGGGAGGAGGAGGCGGGGCUGGCGGCAUCCCCGGCACCGGUGGCUGCGGCUGUGAUUGCUGCGGCUGUGACGGCCGCGGUGGGAAUGCAGGAUGGUUAA